CCCACCCCGGCCGGGGCCGUCUCUCCACGGACUGCGGCCUCCCGGGAGCAGGCGGUCCUGGAGCGGCGCUCGGGGAGCGCCAGGCCCGAGCCGGCUGCCGGCCCCGGGGUCCCGACGCGAUGCUUUCUUUACCUGUCGAAAGAAUGUGCUUCUGGCGAAGAGCCCGUCCACCCAGAUAGAAGGUGUCUUUGCUGCUACCAGAGGAACAUCAGUCCCAGAAGAGCAAGAAGCCCUUCUCCAGCAGUGGCUGGAGGAAGGAGUAGAGAAUUUGCCAGCCAGUGAGAGUGUUCCAGCAGUGAGGAAAGUGUCAGUUACACUCACUAGUGACUGGUUUGAAGGUUCAGAGCUAUUGAUGACUAGCCUCAGUGACCUGAAUACAUCUCCAGAAGUCACCCGGUGUGCUGAUCAGCAGCUCUCAGAGCUAAAUGCUUUGGCUUCUUCAGAACUGCAAGAUCAUGCAGUGGCUGAACUGGCAAGAUUACCAGCAGAGGAAACAGUGACUGUAGGAGGCAGUGCCCCUUGGGCAGCUGUGGUGCCACAGACAGAUCACCAGACAGCUGGCUGUGCUGGUAUCAACGUGGAAGUGCUGAAUGAUGACCCAGCUGUGCUGGCCUGGAGUUUAGCGUGUGAUGCAGAGACAGUGCCACCAGUGCUCCCAGCCUGGCCCAUUCAGGAUGCGGUGCCAUUUUAUCCGGUCCCAACAGAGGUGCCCUACCAUGAGAUCUUAUGGAGAGACUGGGAGGAUCUUUCUGUCCAGCCCUGUGUCUUAGAGCAGGUCUCAAAAACCACUCCUCUAUUUGAAUUUCGAGUCAUGUCUUACAACAUCCUUGCCCAGGACCUGGUUGAGCAGGGCCUUGAUCUCUAUGUACACUGUCAUCCGGACAUCCUGAACUGGAACUACCGCCUUCCAAACCUUUUGCAGGAGAUCCAGCACUGGGAUCCUGACGUUCUGUGUCUCCAAGAGGUACAAGAGAACCAUUACUGGGAGCAACUGGAACCAACAUUCAAGGAGAUGGGCUUUGCAUGCUUCUAUAAGCGCAGAACCGGGACGAAGACAGAUGGAUGUGCGGUGUGCUAUAAGCACAGCAGGUUCCAGCUGAUCAGCCUCAGCCCCAUAGAAUACUUCCGGCCUGGUCUGGACGUCCUCAACCGGGAUAAUGUGGGCUUGGUGCUGCUGCUACAGCCUGUGCUCCCAGAGGGCCUAGGUCUGAAGGCAGUCAGUCCUUUGUGUGUGGCCAACACUCAUGUGUUGUUCAAUCCCCGUCGAGGAGAUAUCAAACUGGCUCAGGUGGCCUUGCUGCUAGCAGAGAUUGACAAAAUUGCAAGAACUACUGAAGGCAGCUACUAUCCUGUCAUCUUGUGUGGAGACCUGAACUCUGUACCUGAUUCUCCACUCUACAAAUUCAUCCGAAAUGGUGAACUUUCCUACCAUGGGAUGCCAGCCUGGAAGGUGUCUGGUCAGGAAGACUUUUCCCAACAAUUGUAUUCACGGAAACUGCUGGCCCCACUGUGGCCAAGCUCACUGGGUGUAACAGACAAGUGCCAGUAUGUUACCCUGUGCCAGCCAAAGAAACUUGGGAGACGUGAAUACAGCCGUGACUUCCUGCUCCAGUUCCGCUUUUGCGAUGUUGCCUGUGAGCGACCACCACAGCUGGUCCUCUUGGAAGGUGUGACAGAUGCUAAACCAGACCGCCCUGCACACUGGCCCAAGCCUGCUGCCAUGGUGAAAGACCCUGAUCCCCAGCCAUUCAUCCCAAGGUGUUCAGGUGUUAUCCAGCAUGGCCUCAACCUGACCUCUGUCUACAGCCACUUCCUGCCACAGAGGGGACGCCCAGAGGUCACAACGAUGCCCAUGGGGCUUGGAGCCACUGUUGAUUACAUUUUCUACUCAGCAGAGCCUGUGGAGAACAAGGCGGGUCGCAGGCUGUACAAGGAUGGAGCCCUGAAGCUGCUUGGCCGUCUUUCUCUUCUCUCUGAAGAUGUCCUCUUGAUGGCAAAUGGCUUACCAAAUCAUUUUUGUUCAUCUGACCAUCUCUGCCUGCUGGCUAGCUUUGGCUUGGAGAUCUCCAGCCUCAGAGAGAGUUAGUGUUGGUACCCUUUCCCUAAAGAAAAGCUGUUCUGAAUAUGGCAGUUGAUGCUCUGGAUUGCACAACCUGCUUGCAAGAAAACCCUUUUCCUUGUCAUGCCCUAAAAGUCCUUUUCUCCCCUCACACCCUUACUAAAAGCAGGGAUGAGAGAGUCAGAGCGUUUUUUGCAUUGGUAUUUUCUGGGUCUCUGCAAACCUGAGCUGUGUUCCCAGUGGGCUGCCAGGUGUAUUCAGGCAUUAGCAACUCUUAAAGGGAGCCUCGUUCCACUGCCUUGUUUAGCAGAGGUGGUUUUGUGCUACAGGAACCAAAGUAACUCCCAUGUUUAUUUGUCCCUGUGUGAGAUUUUCAAGGAGCUGGAAAAGAGGGGCAAUGCUAUCUGCUUUUGGUUAGUUUAAGUGCUACCAAGGAGCAUGGGAUGUAUAUGCCAAUACUCUUCACACCAAAACAAUAGUUUUUUUAAAUUUCUCAGUAACAGUUUAGUCCUUUCAGGGCUAGUUGUUUUGUUGCCUUUUAGAUUGGAUCUGCUAGCUGCUUAGAAAUGUGUUUUACUUAAUAAUCUGUAAGGGGUGACUUGCUAACAGAAGGGUUUGUGUGGUGUAACAGUUUCUACAAGAAACUGCUUGCUGUGACUAAUGGACCAGGGAAUGGGAUUGCCAGGAAUGGAGCCAGGGGUUCUAGUGAGCCUCAAACAGUAGCUCUAGAACUGCAGCAAAAGCCUAGAGGCCUUGGGGAAGCCUUCCUUCCUUUCCAGCAGUCUCAGAAUGGUACCUAAUUUGUCUUUUUUAGGAAAAAUAUUUAGGAUCCUCCCAGUGGAUAUCCUGUGGAAAAAAGUACCCUGUAAGGCAUGACAACCUCAGAAGGCUAUAACUCUGGUUGUCCCAAAAGAGAUGAAAAUGGAAGGCAUGUGAGAGUCAGCAGAGCCAUCAGAUGGAAGAGCUGAUCUUGUCACUUGCCCUAUUCUUUUCUCUAUUCACUCCCUAUUGCAUUCAGCCUGCCAGGGGUCAAUAGCCAACCUGUAGCAUCCAUCUCCUGCACCAGACUGAAGUCCAUGCUGUGUCCUUCUUCUGGACUCAGCCAUGUUUAGGUAGAUAGAACACUUAGGAUCAACUCCUGUCUCUUGACAUGCACUGGGAGGCACUGGGAGGAGGGGGAAGGCUGUGUAACUUGGAGCCAGACUGCAGUCACUUGGAUCCCAGUGUACCUUUGUUAUCCUAUUGGUGUGGUUUUGUCAGCAGUGGCUUGGCCAGUACAAAAGCAGUUGAGUUGUACCUGUUCCUGGAGUAAAUUCCCCAGUUCAGCCUGACAUUUGGUGCUCAGUUUUUCCCUAAGAGAUGAGACCGGUAUUGGCAGAAAUAUUAUCAAUCUUCUGUUCACAAAGGAGGCAGGAACCUCAGAUUUUUGUGGGAAGGCACAGAAGACUUGAAACACUGUUUGUUCUUCAUGGUCUAUAUUGAGGGACUUUGAUAUUUUAAAUGUUACUUUCUUUAUUGAAAAAUAAAAUCCUGCUAAUCUAAGAAAAUACCACAAAGUAACUGCAGCACCUUGUAUUUCUGGCAGCUGAACCUCUGAGGACUUGCUCAACAAAGUUUUGCUGGCUGGGAGGUCGAAAAGGGCAAAUUGACUACACAAGAAAGUAGUGAGGGUUGAAGAGAGGGAAGAAGUGAGCCUAACUGUUAUCUCCCAGCACAUGCCUAAAUCCCAGAGGUGGCUUCUCUGGCCUUGGGCUUGUCUUGCCCCCUCCCCCCCACAAAGAAAGAUUUCCAUUCGGGAACCCUUGCCUUCCUCCCAAAGAAAGCAAUACUGCUGAUCUUUUACAGCCUACUUCUGUAAACUACAAAACAAGGUGUGUGUUGGGGGGGUUGUGUUCUGUGCCCUUAUGAGUGUGUAAGGACUCCAUAUUCCCUUCUUGCCCUGCCAGAUGGUGUGGUAUUUGUCUGGUGAUGUGUGGAUAGCUUUUGCUACCACUUGAGAGUUUCUGUAAGUGAACAGCAAUCUUGGGGGCAUGUGAAUAAUUUUGCCCUUAGGUAAUAGUUCUGGCAUGUCACUGGUACAUGAGGAGGGAUGCAGAGGUGUGCAUUUGUAUGACUGUGUUUAUGUCACAGUUUGACUGAUUUCUGCAAGUACUCUUAUUUUGCAAGCAGUCGUAUUUAGAAAAAGGGAGAGAACGAAAGGGUGAACUGAGAGCUUUACUUUCUAUCUGGCUCAAAAAGAGCUUACCAGAAGGCAGCCUGGUUGCAGAUGACUCCCUCCUGCUGUUAACAUUGUAAUAGGAAGCUUAGAAGAUGCUAAAGGUUUAACAACAACCAACCAAAAGCACAACAAAAAAUUCUGUGACACAUGGUGUUGGCACUUGGAACUUUUAACUAUCUGCUUCCAUUGUAAUUGCUGGCUGGGCCUGACGGUCAGUUUAUGAGGCGGGGGGGUGUGUGGGGGGGUGUGUAUGUAUGAAAGCUGCUCGCCCCCCUGUUGAGACCCCUAAGGUGUGCACUGGACACCAGCAAAUGAACUGGUUGCCCCUGCACUGCCUGAAGCACCCUGCAGUCCUGUGAUGUAACUCAGGUGGAGGACCCGUGUUCCAAUUUCACAAAUGCUUUUUCCAUUUUAUGGAAACCAAAGCCUUGACUUGUGGGCAAAUUGCAUGGAAGCAUCUCAGGGAGGUUUUUAGGUUCCGGCUAUACUUUGCUGGAAAAUCUAAUGUUGCACGGGUCAAACUAAUGCUUUCCCUUUCCAUGCAUGAAGUAAUGUGGUAUGCACUUGGAAUGGUUACGUUUUUGAACACUAGAUGUGGAGUCGUGCUGAGAAACCCCAGGAGUAUGACUACAAGUCCCCUUAUUCUUCUGGAGGUUAUAGUGCUCCCAGGGUGACUUGUAGCUCCCAAAGACCUGCUUUGUUGGGCACUCAUAGGUAAAACUAUGGCAGAAAUGCAGGACCAUUGCUAGUGACUGCAUAGACACAAAGGCAGAGUUGAAGACUUGAUCUCUGUGUUUAUUUUGACCACUGUCCCAGAAGCUCUAGUAUAGAUUCUUACGGAGGUUGUCUGUUUCAGGAAAAUAAAAAUCCCUGUGUUCUAGAGCAAUUUGGGGUUAAUAUCAAAUGGAUCUGGAGACCUGUGAAUGCCUCUGACUGUGUGGGAUUAUAGGAGAAGUUUGGAGGUGGGGUGGGUAGAAAGUUCCCAACUGUAAAAUAGCAACUAGCAUAUAGUUUUUGGGAGAAAAUAAUGUGUUUUGUGAUGCUUUAAGAGUAGCACCCAGAGAUACAAUCAGAGCCUGUGGUAAUGAGCAUCAUAAUGGGAUGCAGAACUGAGAUUCCAGAUGUAGCUCUUAGCAUUGUUUCUGGACCUAAAUGCAUGAUGAGUUGUCAUUAACAUGGCUUUCUGAUGAAUUACGGAGGGGUCUGUAAAUGGUUAUGAAAGUAGAACAGCAGUAUCUGCAAUGCUCAGAAGGGGAAGGUGUCACAGAGGUAAUUACCAACUACAUCACCUUAGUAGUGAUGUAGAGUUCAGGGACACUGGUGCUUAGGUGAAUUGAUGCCAGAGACCACUGGCAGUGUGUGUGUAUUCCCUAUUGGCAGCCUCCUAAACUGCAGGAGUAUGCAGCUGUAGAGGCCAACAUGUAUUUGACAAAGUAUCUUUGCCAAAAACCAGCUUAGUUUGCGCCACAGCUGCUUGGCUGUAUUUAGUUAUGCUAUUUAGAUAGAAGUUGGACUUCCUUCAUUUUCUCAGUUUUAAGUUCAUUGCUUCAGGAGGUUGCCCUUCAUAAUCAGUUUUCCCAAUUACAUGGGAUGGGAGGAGUGGUACACAAUAUAGUUGCUCUAGCUUCUUUCCUGUUCUUAAUAAAUGAAACUUGGCUGCUGUUUGAGAUCUUCUUUCUCCAUGCCUUUUUCUUAUGAGCUAUCUCUCCAGCAGCUGUUUUCCCAUGACUGCUCGAUCCAGUUAUCUUUCUGAGUUACCAAUGUUUAUUUUUUCUGCAGCUGUAUUUCUUCAUUUAAAAGUUAUAGGUUCAGUUCUCUAGGUCUAAGUUUUAUUAUAAAUGCAACAUUUAAAUGGUGUCAAGAUGUAAGAUAGUGGGUUUCCUCACCCCUGAAGAAUUAAGUGGGAGGAGUGGGAGCUCUGAAACGAACACUUAGAUGGGAGUAACACUUGUUAUAUAAAACAAAAACCCCGAGUUUCAGAUUUAUUGUUAGUGCUCUGUAUGCCACCUGCUUUCUGAAGGCAGAACUCUGAAAUAUACUUGACCUUAGUGUCUCUUCCCUGAGGAGUCUCUAAGAGGUCGUAAGAAGUUCAGCAUCUCAGAAUCUGUUUUAAGAAUGGAUCAAGGUAUGAGUCUUGCUCUUAACGAUGUGUUGAUGAUGGUGUUGGCAAAUAGUCUGCAUAGCAGGGUGUUGCUACAGUCCAGUAUCUGUUCCAAUUGCCACCAUCUCAGUAUACUGAACAUUUAUUGGAUGUACUGUUUAGAAAUUUGCAGACAUAUCCAUGGGUUAUCCAAAUGCAGAUGAACUCUUUUGUUGCUUACCUAAAGGGGGAGCACACAAGCGUUAGGGGGAUACCAUCUCUUUUCAGGCUUCCUGUUGUGCAGACUAAUUGAAUUGCUGGCUGGCACCUACAGAUCUUACCAGACUGUAGCUGCCUGGCCUGUAGUGCUUCCCAUAGCACUGUCAUGCUGAAAUGCACAAGCCGAAUUGAAUGUAAUGCAUUGUGUUUCAAAUUAUGAUACUGAGUUUCUGUAGAGAACUCACCUGUUAAAAUGAUAACCAAGAUGACAGAUUUAACAGCUGGCCUGCCUCAAACUCCUUCCUUUUGUCAGCUGUACACAUUUGGCUUCUCCGGUCAAGGAAAGUUGUCCUCCAGCUUCCACUGAAAAUGUCAUUCUAGUCUUGAAGCUAUUUUUCUUUUUAUUUAUUUUAAAAUUUAUUUAUUUUCUUUCAGAUUUAGACUGUACAUUCCUGUGUUCUUGUAUAAUAGCUGGAAAAUUAUUCGUAAUUUUGACAUGACAAACACAGCAGCGUUCAAGGUCUGGGUUUGGCAAAUAGGAGAAGGGCUAGGCUAGACACUGGCUUGUGCUACAACAAAAGAUGUAUUUGUUCAUCCAGUCUUUCAUUUAUACACAAAAAAACCCCAAACCACCAAACAAAAAAAAACCUGUCUUCAAGCCUUAGCCAUUUUAUUCAGUUUUUUACUUCUUUUCUUUCUGGAUGCAAAGCCUUCUACUUCUGUGUUUCUAUAUAGUCAGUUAUUGGCCAGCGUCUGAAGCUGCUCUUGAACUGGGAGUAGAUGAUUGCAGUAGUUAUUCUAUAGUUAUUCCUUUCCUCCUUUCCUCAAAAUGAGAGUAGAAAUAGGAUGGCACUCACUCUUUGCCAAAAUAAAAAUAUAAUCCAGUAAAGCCAACUUUGCUGAGUUAACUUAAUUCUGUGAUGGCCUGCUAUCCACAGCAUGUCACAUGCCUUUGCCUACCAUAAUCCUACAGUCUCUGCAUGAAUGGUGCUCUUAAGACUCAGUCUCACUCUCUCAUGAAUGAAUUUCUGUGUGCUUUUAGACAUGUGAGAGCCUUAAGUCUUGGGCCUCUCAGUGUAAAAACUGACAGGGUGUGCUUUGGUUUUGUUGGUUUUUUUUUAAAUUUUCUGCUUCAACAUAUUGUUUAUCCUUCCCACAAUAAAGAUUUCCCACUUAAGGUUGAAGCAGCAUAAUCUCUAACUGACUUGAAAACCUAAAACUGCAGGAACAACCAGUAGCAGGGGAAAAACCCGAUGUAAAAGGGAGCAGGAAGUCUGUGGCCACAUCACUGUUUUGCUGUUCUCAUUCCACUGUCUAGCAGUCACCCUGAUCUAUACAUCCAUAGGGGAUAUAGGAGUUACCUGAUUUAAAGCAAAAUCUGUAAGACAUGGGGCAGAGGAUGUUUUCAAGCAAGCAUCUGAAGUAGAUGUUUAAUACUGUACAAUUACUUUCCCGCAGGGCGGAAGCUGUUCAUAUAAUUAACUUGGCUAAGAGGGACUAUUGCAUGUGCCUUUCUCUUUGGAGUAACAGGUCAGAGAAUGUUUAUUCCUUUCUUAUACACACUGUAGGCUUGCCUACAUCCUGGCCCUGGUCCCAGUUAUUACUCAUUUCCCUAGAGAGAAGGGGUAUGUUAUGCCUGAAAGAUGAUAGCCUGAAUAAAGUUGGAUCCCCUUGCUGGGGAUCCUUGCACUGGA